AUGACUGUGGGGACGCUUCCUUUGGACGCUGGCCGUUCCGACUGGAACCUUCCGUCUCUUGAGACGCUUGUUUUGCAAUUGGGCGCCGAAAUAGACGCCGCGUUUGGUUCAAGAGCCGUCACCAUGCUUCCCACGCUCACCCCGGUGCCAGACUCGCACACUCACGGCAAAACGCUUAUCCUGGACCUGGGCGGGUCCACGUUCCGAGCGUGUAUCAUGGGGCUGCAUGGAGACGGCAAGUACGUGCUGGAUUGUUCGCGCGAGUGGUCGCUGGACGCAGAAAAGGAGAUCAACACGGCAUUCUUCCAGAAACUCGUGCACUACGCUGUGACGCUGCCGUUGGACGAGCAUUUCCCCGGCUCUGUCACCGUGGGGCUGUCGAUCUGUUUUCCGUUCAGGCAGACACGCUCGAACGACGCGUAUCUCGACGCCGUGGGCAAAGGCUUUGUGCUGGCGGAAGAGAUCCGCGGCUUGGACGUUGCACGGCUGUUGCAACAGCAGCUCGAAACGGCUACCAACAAACCCGUGCACGUGCGCUCAGUGAUCAACGACGCCGUGGCCGUCUACGUGGCGGGCGCGUACCUGUACAACUGCCAGCUGGGGCUGGUUUUGGGCACAGGACUGAACGCCUCGGCCAGCUACGAAAAGUCCGUUAUCAACACAGAAAUGUCCUGUUUUGGCAGCAGUCUGAAAACACUCGUUACCACGUGGGAUUUGGAAAUGCAGCCUGGAUACCGCCAGUGCAAAGACGCACACCUCCAGCCACCCCUGUUCCAGCCAUUGGAGUACUUCUGUUCUGGAAGAUAUAUCGGAGAACUACUCAGACUGGCUAUAAUCGACUUGCAUUCCCAAAACAAACUGUUUCCAGAUACAGAAAUCGCUGCUACGAGGCAAUACGAGCUCACAGGAGAAAUGGUGUGCCGCAUUUACCACGGGAAUGUAAAAGAAGCUGUCAAAAUUCUGAAACAGUUCAAGGCGGUAUGUUCCCCUGCAGAUAUUUGCGUCAUACGGUCGUUGAUUGAAUUUCUCGUUGCGCGGGCCGCGCGUGUGCUGGCGGCCUGGAUCUUAGCGUUCUGUCAACGACAGCACCCGGAGUCGGCCACCGUGUGUGUUGGGUACAUUGGGUCGUUUUUCCAGCAUUUCGAGCUGUACCGGCAGAAAUGCGAGGCCGCACUCAACAGCUAUACACACCCGCAUGGGAACCCACGGUUCCUGUUGAGGCUCAUCGACCACAGCACCGCCCUGGGAGCUGCGAUCUCUGCGUGCCAGAUAAGUUAA